AUGUCCGAACAGCACUCCCACUCUCACACGCACGAUCACUCGCACGGUCACGACCAUUCGCACUCGUACACUGGACCGGCUCACCUGUUCCACGCAAACUCCGCAAGCGAUCUGCCUCCGGAUGGAUGGAAAGAGAGCGGCGUGCGGGUCAUCCCUGGCGACCACCUCGACGCCAACACGGCGCAGACCCCGGGAAUGAGUCGCGCUGCGGCCAUCACGACCGCACGGACAGGGGCGCAGAAACUAUGGGCCGGCACCGUCAAGAUCCACCCCAACGCCAAAACCGGCGCCCACCACCACGGCCACCUGGAGAGCGUCAUCUACGUGGUCAAGGGCAAGGCGCGGAUGCGCUGGGGCGACAGGCUAGAGUACACGGCCGAGGCCGGCCCGGGGGAUUUCAUCUACGUGCCACCCUACGUGCCGCAUCAGGAGAUCAAUGCCAAAGAGGACGAGGAGCUCGAGUGCGUCUUGAUGAGGAGUGACGGCGAGGCCAUUGCGGUGAACCUCCCUGAUGUCGUCCCGGUGGAAAACCCAGAGGGUGUGAAGUGGAUUGAUCCUACGCACCCGACGGGCGGGGUGUGA